AUGACAGCAGUCUUUAUGAUCUCUCUAUCCGUUCUCGUUCUUCCAUUCGAUGCCACAGGCUACGACGAGAUCGACAAAGUGCUGGUUCGACGCAAUGUCAUGAUCACCGUAGUGACCAGUCCAUUGAAUCGCAAAGCCAAAUCAGAUGAUGUGAGAGUGUACCUGAAUCCAACAGGUCUCGACCAACAUACGCGCGAUGGGGGAUACGUUGAUAAAUGCCCGACUUACAUGCCCGACCUCACGUGUUUCUCUCUUAGCAACUAUUUGGCUUUCUUCGGUCCGGAUCCGGGUUUAUUGAUGAGAAAUUCGAUUAAGCUUGGACUUAAAGGUUAUCCAUACCUGUACUCACGAUCAACAGCAACCACAAUUCUCUCCACAGACGAUUGUGUCUUUUGUUUGUACACUAGACUCGAACGUGAUUGUGGGACCUUA